AUGUCGACUGUAGUGCACUCAGCCGUUCGUAGCAGUGUAGUAAGCCAAAUUUCAAGGUCCAUUAGUGGCCUAGGACCCGAACUGGACGUCCUAACUGAUGCUGAACUUGUCAAACUAGUAAAUGACCUUAAAGAUAGCCUCAACAUACUAACAUUAGAAAAUGAGAUUCUUGAAAAGACUAUUAUGAGAUUAGAACCUACGUUGAUGCACGGAGUCUACCAAGCUCUGGAAUACGCCACCAGAAUGAGUUCCAACACCUCGCUAAACGCCGGAAGUUUUAUCAGAAUGCAACCAUCUAAAUUCGGUGUCAUGGAUACAUUCCUAAGCCCUUCCAGAAUGCUGACAAGCCCUUCAAGAGUGUCCACUAGGAAAGUAGACUCCAUCGCAAAACUUGGUACAUCAGUCAUAUUUGGGUCCGGACCGAGAAUCAACGUUUUGGAAAGAUCAGAGCUAGUAUCGGUAGAAGUGGAGGCCUUAAUCACAAAUCUGAACAAAUUGAGGAAGAAAGGAGCGAAACAACAUGCUCUGUUAAAAGCACAGCUUGAAGAGAUUGGCAUUAGGGUCAAUGAUAUUGAGAAGGCGAGUAAUCUUUUCCACCAGCAAGUAAAAGUUGAAGGUUGGGACAAAAUAGCUCAGCGUAUCCCAGCCGAGAUCUGGAUCAGGUUCAUGACUGAAUGGGUGAAGAUAUCGGACAGUCAAAUAGGUAAACUAAGGCUAAGAACCAGUACUUUGAACACUCAAUACAUUAAACUAAAGGGACAGAUCAAGGUCAAGGAGGAACUAAGCGAAAGCCUUCGACCAGUCGACUUCGAAAAGUUAAAGAUAGAAAAUGGAGAAUGUUUGAAGCUAAUAGACCAUAAGUUGGAACAGCUAGGCGAGCUGAAGAAGUUGACGGGAGACGCGAAUUUAAACCUUACAAUCCACAAGAAAGCAAUGAUGGAGCAGAACCAUUAUUUGAACAAAGUGUUGACCACGAUAAAGAAUAAGGCGCGUAUGACAGUACAACUGGAUAAAGAGAGAGAUUUGAUACAGGUACAAGCGGAUAAACUGGCACAGAGAUUGAAUGAAGUGAGGAAAGUGCGUCUGAAGUAUCAAGUACCGAAUAUAAUGGACUAUGUCCAAGUAAAAUGGGUGUUGACGGACUUGAAGCACGCGAUAAAGACGCUGGACAAUAGAAAGCAUAUACAGCAGAUUGCGUUGCAGUCGAUAAAUAGAAAACUGCAGACGAUAAGCGAAUCGGCAGCUAAGAAUGAAUUGGAAAGUAAGAAUUCUUUUAACCGUCCAACCACGCCUACUACUUUUAAUUCGAUGUAA